ACCGGAGGGUUCCGAGCGGCGGCUGCAGAGCCGGAGCUGGGCGAGGGCGGCUGCGGUCCCGGCGGCGGCGGCGGCGGCGGCGGCUGCGGCGGGAGAAGAUGGUGGCGCUGGAGGUAGCAGCGGCUGGAGCGGAGCUUUAUUCCCAGGCUUGGCACCAGCGCUGUCACUAGCGCCGCCUGCUCCCGCGGGCCCGCGGACCCAGCUGUCAGGCAAGCCCAGUGGAGCAAAAUGAGAGCGCAGUGAGCCAGGCCCAGCUUCUCUCCUAGCCAUCCCCGACUCCCACCAUGAACCACUUGGAGGGGUCUGCGGAGGUGGAGGUGACCGACGAGGCGGCAGGUGGGGAGGUGAACGAGUCGGUGGAGGCCGACCUGGAGCACCCCGACGUAGAAGAGGAGCAGCAGCAGCAGCCGCCACAGCAGCAGCACUAUGCGGGCCGCCACCAGCGCGGGGGCGCCCUCGAGGACCUCCGCGCCCAGCUCGGUCAGGAGGAGGAGGAGCGUGGGGAAUGCCUGGAGCGCUCAGCCAGCACCGAGAGCGGCUUCCACAACCACACGGACACCGCCGAGGGCGACGUGAUCGCCGCGGCCCGCGACGGCUACGAUGCGGAGCGUGCACAGGACCCCGAGGACGAGAGCGCCUACGCUGUGCAGUACCGGCCGGAGGCCGAGGAGUACACGGAGCAGGCGGAGGCCGAGCACGCCGAGGCCACGCACCGCCCUGCACUGCCCAACCACCUGCACUUCCACUCGUUGGAGCACGAGGAGGCCAUGAACGCGGCCUACUCAGGCUAUGUCUACACGCACCGGCUCUUCCACCGCGGCGAGGACGAGCCCUACGCUGAGCCCUACGCCGACUACGGUGGUCUUCAGGAGCACGUGUACGAGGAGAUAGGGGACGCGCCGGAGCUGGACGCGCGCGAUGGCCUGCGGCUCUACGAGCAGGAGCCCGACGAGGCGGCCGCAUACCGCCAGGAGGCCCUGGGCGCGCGGCUGCACCACUACGACGAGCGCUCAGACGGCGAGUCUGACAGCCCCGAGAAGGAGGCCGAGUUCGCGCCCUAUCCGCGCAUGGACAGCUACGAGCAGGAGGAGGACAUCGACCAGAUCGUGGCCGAGGUCAAGCAGAGCAUGAGCUCGCAGAGCCUCGACAAGGCGGCCGAGGACAUGCCCGAGGCCGAGCAGGACCUGGAGCGACCCCCUACCCCGACCGGGGGUCGCCCCGACAGCCCCGGGCUGCAGGCACCGGCGGGGCAGCAGCGGGCGACAGGCCCCGCUGGCGGCGGCGAAGCAGGGCAGCGGUACAGCAAGGAGAAGCGCGAUGCCAUCUCGCUGGCCAUCAAGGACAUCAAGGAGGCCAUCGAGGAGGUGAAAACCAGGACCAUCCGUUCGCCUUACACCCCCGACGAGCCCAAAGAGCCCAUCUGGGUCAUGCGCCAGGACAUUAGCCCCACCAGGGACUGUGACGACCAGAGGCCGAUGGACGGAGAUUCUCCGUCUCCUGGCAGCUCCUCACCCUUGGGUGCAGAGUCAUCAGGCACACCUCUUCACCCCAGUGACCCCGCAGAAGCCUCCACAAAUAAAGAGUCAAGAAAAAGCUUGGCUUCAUUCCCAACCUACGUUGAAGUUCCGGGACCCUGCGACCCCGAAGACUUGAUCGAUGGAAUCAUUUUUGCUGCCAAUUACCUUGGCUCCACCCAGCUGCUCUCAGACAAAACUCCUUCCAAAAAUGUGCGCAUGAUGCAGGCCCAGGAAGCCGUAAGCAGGAUCAAGAUGGCCCAGAAAUUAGCCAAAAGCAGGAAGAAGGCUCCUGAAGGCGAAUCUCAGCCAAUGACUGAGGUGGAUCUCUUCAUUUCUACCCAGAGAAUCAAAGUGCUGAACGCUGACACACAGGAGACAAUGAUGGACCACCCUCUGAGGACCAUUUCCUACAUUGCGGACAUUGGGAACAUCGUUGUGCUGAUGGCCCGCCGGCGGAUGCCUCGUUCCAACUCCCAGGAGAACGUGGAAGCCUCCCACCCAUCCCAGGAUGGGAAAAGGCAGUACAAGAUGAUCUGCCACGUCUUCGAGUCUGAGGAUGCUCAGCUGAUUGCACAGUCCAUCGGACAGGCAUUUAGCGUGGCAUACCAGGAAUUCCUCAGGGCCAAUGGGAUUAACCCCGAAGAUCUCAGCCAGAAGGAGUAUAGUGACCUGCUCAAUACCCAGGACAUGUACAACGAUGACCUGAUUCACUUCUCCAAGUCGGAAAACUGUAAAGAUGUUUUCAUAGAGAAGCAGAAAGGAGAAAUCCUAGGUGUGGUGAUUGUGGAGUCUGGCUGGGGAUCCAUCCUCCCCACCGUGAUCAUUGCCAAUAUGAUGCAUGGUGGCCCUGCAGAGAAAUCUGGGAAGCUGAAUAUCGGUGACCAGAUCAUGUCCAUUAAUGGCACCAGCCUGGUGGGCCUGCCUCUAUCCACCUGCCAGAGCAUUAUUAAGGGCUUAAAGAAUCAAUCCCGAGUCAAGCUGAAUAUUGUGAGAUGUCCUCCGGUCACCACCGUGUUAAUCAGAAGACCAGACCUUCGCUACCAGCUGGGUUUCAGUGUCCAGAACGGAAUUAUCUGCAGCCUCAUGAGAGGGGGAAUAGCUGAGAGAGGAGGCGUCCGUGUGGGGCACCGGAUCAUUGAAAUCAAUGGACAGAGCGUCGUGGCCACCCCCCACGAGAAGAUCGUCCACAUUCUCUCCAAUGCUGUUGGGGAGAUUCACAUGAAGACAAUGCCAGCCGCCAUGUACAGGCUGCUGACGGCCCAGGAGCAGCCCGUUUACAUCUGACCGCGGCCGCACGUGGUGGCAUGCAUGGAGGACUCUCCUCAUCGUGGUUGUGUUUCUCGUGCUGCAUCCCUGUGUCCACUGAGACAUUCCCCUCUCGCGCCCAGCAUUCGGUUUUACACAGGAAGAGAAGAAUCCGCAAGGACCUCUUUACUCUUUCCGAUUUGCUUUUUUUUUUUUUUUUUUUUUAAAUACCAGGGAAGGUUCGUAUGCACUCCCUUGAGGAUGGAGAGCAGCCAGCAUCGACCUGGUACCGACCCAGGACCAUCCUGGAGGGCCUUCUGGGUGUGUCCAGGGGUGAGCUGUCACUGCCUGAGGGGGAAUCCUCCCUUCCCAAGAGGUGCAGACCUCUUAGAAGGAGCUCCCAGGGCAGUGAAGCAGCUGAUUCAGCAGUGCCUAAAACCCAGUUGCUGAUCUCUGCUCUCUGAGUUUAUCUGUGGGAAUGUGGUAGUACCCAGGGCCAGCCCACGUCAUUAAGGUUAUGCACUGCCUGCCUUGUAGUUGGGGCACCAUACAUUAUUUCCUCCCAGAAUCUCUGAGCCAACCUUAAACCUCUUCUAUUGCUAGUUUUAAUUUCAACGUAUGUGUGUUUUCUAAUACGAGCCUUCUGACCCCAGGAUAAAAGGGGAAAUAACUGCCUUGGGCAAGGACACCAUAGUGUCACAGAGAGCUUGGCAAUUCAUGGGGCAUCUGAACUUUGCCAGGUUGUCCUGAAGUUAUCAACCAUUAGAUAAACACAGGCAGGUACCGUCUGCUUCUCUCUCUGUAUCUCUCACACACACAGUCCCAUUUGCAUAUCACCCUUCCCUGCUCCCACCACCAAUGAGACAAGCUGAAGAUUAGGCACACACAUCCCCUGGAAACCCACCUCUCUGGGAGGCCCCUUCCCUGGCAGGUGGCCAGGAGGGUGGGGGCUGCCCAGCCUCAUCCUGAGAGACCUGCCGUCUCUGCGGCUGAGGCCCAGCCCCUCCAGCACCACCUUGGUUUAAAGCAUCCUCCUCCUGGACUCCCCUUCCUGCCGAACACACAUCCCAGGGGUCUGGGAAGGAGGGACUGUUCCCCAGAAGGCGAGCUCCAGGUGCAAUUGUCCUCUUGUUUCCUGGCCCAAGGCAAGACCAGCUUUCUUUGCUCAGGGCCACUAGGCAGCAUGUGAUAUUGGAAAGGCCAGAAUAGUACAUAAGCCACAAAAUUAAGGGGACAAUAGCAACCUCAAGUUAUGCCUCAGAAUCCCCAGAUGUGGCCCAUAAACACCCUCUUGCUGCCUUGUGGGCCUGAGAGCAUUUUCAGCUGGUGUGGAAUGUUCCGUGUUUUCAUCAGGUGCCUCAUAUUUAUGGCUUCCGUCUCAGUUCAGUGUAGAUGUUUUAGUAAUAUUAUAAUUCUGAGCCAGUUUCCACUUGGUCCAAAGAGCAUUUUGUUUUCAUGUGAGGUGUGAUUUGGCUUUGCUUUUGUUUUGUUUCAUUCAUGACCUCAGUAGAGACAGGGGAAGAGAAACUAAUAUAUUUUGUAAUUAAUAUAGUCCCUGUUCUCUGCAUCCAGGAUAUUUAUGUUGUGUCUACGGAAAUAGGAACUCAGUGAGCAAAUGUUGGAUAGCAUGUAUUUAUAGAGAGAAUGGAGGGAUUCUAAGGAGGGAGAAAAGUGACUACAACAAGAUUAGGGACAAGAGACUUCAACCAGAGAGCUCUGUGAUCAGCUCCCCGAGAUCUCUAUACCGUCAGAGUUUUCUGCUUAGAAUCAGGGAAGCGCAAUGCUUGAAAGGAAUGAGCAGCGGAGCUCUCAGUUUCACUGUACUACAAAGGAGCCCUAAGGAAGGGAGGCCGCUGGCUGCCCAGGGGCCCUGUGGGGAAAGGGGCUUCUGCCAUUGCAGAGAGUGGCACGGGGUGGGGCCAGGGACUCUGGGAUGGGCCAUAAAGCUCCCCAGGACUUCUUUGAAGGGUGCUUUACCGAAAGUUGCUUGGAGACCAGCCCCAAGGUCAACCCAUCACAAACGUGAGGACCAGGAAGGAACCAUGGCCUGGGUUCUCCAUUUGCUGUAGAGUAUCUGGUGAUACAAUGAGACACUAAAGAGUCACCAGCCAGUUCAUCUUUCCUCUGCCAAUAAGAGUGGAUAGAACAGGAAUGAAGUGUUACUGGUGGCAUUUCAGGCAUCAGGAGCCUUGGAAAAUCAUUGCAGGGGGUCAUGCCUGUCUGUCCCCAGGCCCCUGGGCAGCACCACAGAGGCCCGCCCACGAUUGGCCAGGGGACAGAACUCCAGUAGUGCGUCCCUGUACAACCUGCACAUAACAGUUACCUAUCUUCACCUCAAGGAGAGAAUAUACUUUCUAUUCCUAUUGCACAAAAACCUUGUAAACUUUGAGAGGUGCUGAAAAAGGCAAUUCUGCAAGCUCUCCUGGAGAACUGACAUUGUAACAUAAGAGUGAGAUGAUUUGUCCACCACAUUCUUUUGUGUUAAUCCAGGUGUGUCUUCACACCCAGUGAAUGGAAGUUGCUGGAGCUCGGAACAGGUCCAUCCAACUGAAGUGGGUUCUUUUUCCCGCUACCACUGGGGCAAGGGAGUGAGCCUAGAUAUGGUCACCCCAGCAGCCAGAGUCUUAAAAGUGAGUCGCUAGAUUUUUUGAAAGUCCCAAGAGAAGUGGUGGUCUUCCCUUCUGUCAUCCCGGUAUAUAUAGUUAUAUAUGUAAAUAUCUAAAUACCCCGUGUAACGGGAAGGCUAUGUACAGAGCAGCCUUCCCAAAUGCUGCGAGGGCACAGAGCCGCUGUGGCUGCUCCACCAGGACAUGCUGGUGGCUCAGCUUUGGGGAUGGACUCCCACAUUCACCUCCCCCUCCUGGUCCAGGCAGAGGCACCAGAACCCACCCUGCCUCUUCUCCAAUGUGAGCAUUUCAGGGAGCCACCAUCAGCCUUGGGUUCACGAGAGGGAGAAACCCCCAAAGACCAAUGCCUGGAGCCCACUUCUCCAGUGACACCUUCCCUCGCCAGAGCAGGCUCCUAGGAGCGCAUUGCAGGGGCGCCGGGUCCCUGUGCACGGGUUUGCUUUCUGAACAUUGCCCAUCAACACCGCCUUCAGGGAGUCCCAGAGUAACCUACUACCUCCCCCAUCGCUCCUCUGCCCCCCUCACCCUGUGGGCACCAACACCUCCCGCACACGGAUGAAAACCAUCUACAGAGCCCUUCCUGGGUCCCUCGACCCAGUGGUGUAGCCGUUACCAAUGUUUACAACCAGGGGCCGCCCCUCCUUAGAUGUGUUGACUCACAUUCACAGGCCACCUGUUGGUUUGAGUUUCAUGUCUGUCUCCUUCCCUGGCCUGGGUCGACUUGAGCACACAACUCGAUCUUUCUUCCCCUCCAUCAAGGCAGUGUGUGAGGACUGUGUGGGAAUGACAUUUCUUGUACAUACUUAGCACAGCACCUAGAGUAUGAACUUGUACUAUUGUUCUGUAAAGAGGGUGAAAUAGAGCUUAUUGUAAAGCGUCGGGAGAAGUAUAGUAUUGUAUUUGUAACAAUAUCGUUCUUUGUAUACACAAAACUCAAUGAUCUAUAUAUAAAUAUAAAUAAAUAUAUAAAUAAAAUAUAUCUACACGUGAGCCUGGAAUGUGGACACCGCACACCCACUGAAUGUACUUCCUCGACAGUCUGGUCACUGGUCCCUCCCUCCCUCCUCUGUACCGUGGCCACAGUCAUCCGGUUUGGGGUUGUGAUGUAUUUUACUGUGCUAUCUUCCUUUAUUUAACUGAACGCUAAUGUCUGUAUAAGAGUUGCUGCAACAAUAAACAAGAACUUCA